AUGUGUUUCUUCCCGAGAUGGUGGGGUCGUGGUAGGGCGGUGAUCAGCCAUGGCCGUGAUCAAGAUGCGGUGGUCCGAGGCAGAUGGCAAGGUCGUCGACAUGACGGGUGCAAUCAGGUACUUCCGUUCACGCAAGGCUGGAACAAAUCGGCAACUGAGUUUGGCACUUUUAUCACGAAUGUUGACAGCGACGGGAGCGACGGGAACGCCCUGGACCAACGUGACCACGGUGGAAUUGGCGAGAGGGGUUGGCCAGAGAAUUGGGAUGCCUGGUGCAAGUUAAAAUCAGUUGGGCCGAGGGAUGGUGGGUUUGCACUUGAAAAGGCACCGGCGAGCGCAAGGCAGCGGGAUGGCAGCCAAUCAGGAGGACGGCAGAAGAAAAAAAAAGGGCUGUCGGGCGUUGGCGUCGUCGUCAGGGUCCCUUCGAGUCCCAUCAAGUCCCAAUCCGUUCUUGAGCAGCGAGUGACGCGCGGGCUCCACUUUGAGGCUGGUGAGUGGGUGUCAAGGUCGGCGUCGAGGCCGUCAAGCACCAGUCGAGCGACUCGCGCCGGUCAAGCCCCAGCUCAAGCCCCAGCACAAGCCCCAGUGGAGUGCGGAGUGGGCCCCCUCGAGGGAACAGGCCAGCCAGCAGGGGCCCCGGAAAUGGCGCUAGCAAAGCAAGAGGAAAUUAGGCGAGCGCAGCGAGGGAAACCGUUGGCCUGCUGGCAAAGCCGCGCCGCGUGUAUAAAAAUACAGCAUACACAUAUAGAAUGUCCGGCCUGCCCUCCACCCCGAUUUUCCCACCUGGCCACCGGGACCGCAGCAGCUCCAGCGACAGGAGCUCCAGCACCACCACAGCUCCAAACGCACCCAGCCGACCAGCCAGCCAACCAACCAACACCAAAUCAAUCAUCCCAGCGCCGGCUGCCACGGACCCGAAUCCCGCGCCUGUCCACUUUUUUUCCUUUUGCAUUUAUUUGUUCCCUAUCAUUUUCGAAGCCGUUCCCAACUCAGGCCCGGGCCCCAGCCAGCUCACUUACACUGCACCGCGCUGUACCGCUACACUGCUCCUCCCGUGCUGCAACUCCCGUGCUGCAACCACCCUGCACCUCAGGCAUCCCCAGCCGCCACGCCUCGCAAACUGGCCCCAAUCCACCCGCCCGUCAACUUCCGCAACCGGGCCAACCGGGGCGGAUCCAGCAAAUAACGUCACCACCCGAUACAAUAUCCAUCCGUUUCGUAUUUCGCCCGUUGGAUCGCAUUGAGUCGCGUUGGGUCGCAUUGAAUCGCCUCGCAUCGCCUCGCCUUCCUCGUCAUACAACUUCAUCACGCUUUCAAUCGCCCGUCGAUUCCGCCGCAUGCACCUAAGACGGUAACCCAUCUUGCUACUGCUGGACCUUCCGAACUGGGCCGGGGGCCUCACCAGUCAGUGCUUUUUUAGCCAAGGCGCACGACACCCUG